AUGGCGUCGACGCAAUAUCCCGCAGACGACAAGAUCUCUGCUCAAGAUGCGGCUCAGGUGUCGGAGCACCACACGAAGCCUGGUGGUCUCGCUGCCAACAUGAGCCCAGAGAGGAGGCAGGAAGUCGAGAAGAAGCUGAAGCGGAAGCUGGAUGCACGGUGUUCGCUUUUCGUCUUGAUCUACAUCAUGAACUACCUCGACCGAAACAACAUUGCCGCAGCGCGUCUCGGUGGUCUUGAGGAAGAUCUUGGUCUUAGUCCAACACAGUACUCGACAUGUCUGAGUAUUCUCUACGUUGGAUACAUUUUGAUGCAAGUGCCAUCGAACAUGAUUAUCAACAAAAUACCAAGACCGUCCCUCUACAUCGCCGUCGUUAUGUUGAUCUGGGGCAUGAUCUCUACCCUCUCGGGUAAUGUCAACAACUUCGCCGGCAUGGUAGCCAUCCGCUUCUUCAUCGGUUUCGUCGAAGCUGCCUUCCUGCCCGGAGCGCUCCUCAUUCUCUCAAAAUGGUACACGCGCCGCGAACUCACACUCCGCAACGCCAUUCUGUUCUGCGGAAACCUGAUUUCCAACGCCUUUUCCUCCUUGGUCGGAGCCGCUGUACUAGGAAACAUGGAAGGAGUUCUUGGACACCGAGCUUGGAGGUGGCUGUACUGGAUCGAGGGUGCGGCGACGAUGGCGAUUGCUAUCAGCGCGAUAUGGAUCUUGCCGGAUCUCCCGCACAACUCCAAGGGUUUCACCGAGGAAGAACGCGCCGUUGCUGUUCUGCGCAUGACAGAGGAUGUAGGCGAAGCAGAUGAAGAUUCCGCCGAGCAAUCUGCUUUCGCUGGUCUCUACAUGGCUGUCAAGGAUGUCAAGAUCUAUGUCAUGAUGUUGACGUUUACCGCAUACGUCGUUGGACUGUCAUUUAACGCCUUCUUCCCAACACUCACAAGGACCCUCGGCUUCGGAUACAUCACCACACUGCUCAUGUCUGCACCUCCGUGGGCGUUCGCUUGCGUCGUAUCUCUCAUCAACGCGUGGCACGCCGAUCGCCAGCAAGAACGUUUCUGGCAUAUCGUUGGUCCAAUUAUGUUCGGAAUUGUUGGGUUUGUCAUCUCCAUGGCUACAUCGAACACUGCUGGCCGCUACGUUGCUUUGUUCCUCCAGGCGUCAUCCUACGCCGGAUUCAUCGUCUUCUACUCGUGGAUCUCUUCAUCGUUCCCGCGCCCACCAGCCAAGCGUGCUGUCGCCAUCGCUAUGAUCAAUGCGUUCUCGCAGCUGGGAAAUAUUGCUGGAUCAUAUGUGUGGAACAUGUCGGACAAUGGUUACAGGAACAGCUACGGAGUUGUUACGGCCAUGUUUGGUGUUACGAUUGCUGGUUGUCUCAUCUUCAAGAUUAUCCUGGUCCGACUGAACAAGCGGUUGGACGAUGGACUUGACGCCUGGGUUGUGCAUGACGAUGUUGCCGAACAGACUGCUGCUGUGGAGGGCGUUGAUGUCGAGGAGGGCAAGAAGAAGAUGGGAGACUUUAGGUAUCUUGUCUAG